UCAUUUUUUAUUUUUUAUUUGUACACCGACAACAAGCCGUUUCACAGCCGGGACACCGGGCAAGCGAGGCUCACCUUGCGGGAGAAUUGGUGACCGAUAUGCCCCGUCGGCACAGCUAAUUAACGCAGUUAACGGCUGAAGAUGGCUUCGGUGAGGCUGGUCGGUAAAGUUACGGCGAGACUUUCGGGAAGUAUUCAGCCUCUUCGCUGCGGUCUCAGAACUACCCGCCCGCUAACCUUUCUUCACCAGGCUCAAAAGAGGCCAUCUCUACUGGGAAAUUCUCAUUUCUACAGUACACUUGCAUCAUCCAGUGACGUGGCUUUGAGGUACAAGUAUGGCCGUUUGGUUCUGGAGGUCCCGUUGCCCUCCAGGAAAGAGAAGUGCCUGUUCUUCCUCCGGCCCAUGCUGAUGAGCGUCGGUGACCUGAUCACAGACCUGCACAGAGAAGACCCCGGAGCCAUAACUUCUAUAUCCUCCAAGGAUGGAGAGCCGAUAGCAAACACCACGCUGAUAGACGCCCUGUUGGACAAAGGCUUCCAGCUCAUCGUCAACGAUGCAGUUUAUAAUGUCUGCGCCCCUGAAAAAGUGCCUUCUCCUGCGGCGCUGUCCGGUGAGCAGGCCGCGCAGUUGAAGGACAUGAAGCACGUUGUGCACCUGCUGCACACGGCCCUCCACCUGCCCGAACACCACUUGCUGAAAGAGAGACAGCUGCUGGAGAGACUGGACAACCUCAAACAGGAGCUGUCCCCUCUGGAGAAGAUGAAGGCACAGCUGUCCAACAAAGCGGAUUUCCACAGCUCCAGGUUCGUGUGGACCGGCAUGGCCCUGUUAUCUGUGCAGGGUGGCGCUCUGGCCUGGCUCACGUGGUGGGUCUAUUCAUGGGACGUCAUGGAGCCGGUCACUUACUUCAUCACCUACGCCACCAGCAUUGGAGCCUUCUCCUAUUAUGUCCUUACCAAACAGGAUUAUAUAUACCCAGACGCUAAAGACCGUCAGUUCCUGCAUUACUUUUACAAGGCGGCCAGCAGGAACAAAUUCAACGUUGAAAAAUACAAUGAACUAAGGGAUGAGAUGGCAGAGGUGGAGGAGGAUCUGAGACGUCUGAGGUAUCCGACUGAAUUUCAGCUUCCACUUGAACAGAUCCAGCCAAAGCCGUGAACCGUCCCAUACACGUAAAGAGUACCAACGCAUUUACUGCUUUCUUUUGAUAAUGGUGCCUUUCUGUCCAUAUCAUGCUGUCUUUUUUUUACAGUCUUGAUUAUAUCUUUUGAGAAAAAUACAAACACUGCUGACUAAUAAAAACAAAGUACUCCCAAACAC